AACAAAAAAUCCUGCAUUUUAAAGUUAUCGGUGUGUCCAUGAGAGCAGCGUGCUACCACUAAGAAACUUGUCCUGGGGUUUCGUCGGAUGUUUGUGUUCCCUCCUUUUCCCAGUCUGCCGCAGCCUUUUUUUUCUGCACUCCUUCUUAUUGAUGACAAGCUGGAGCGGUCGGUCGCUUGGUUGGAUUAGUUGACCAGGAUCUGCUGCUGUCAAACUUCACUUGACAUGGAUUUGCCGCACGGACUGGCGGACUAAAGAAGUUUGGGGGAUUUUCAUCACUCCCUGGCUCGAUCCAGCAGAGAGGACAAACUGUUUGCUACGUUUGUUCAAAUUGUCAUAAACUUUCUCAGCUAGAGACAUGCAAAAGUUCAAUUCCACCGGUACGCAUAGCAGCACGCUUCCACGGGACGCGGAGCUCCAGCUGCGGUUAGCUGACAGCGGAGGAGCCGGGGAAGGGAAGGAGAACGGAGCUGGAAAACAUUUUCUCACCCAACCUGAGGAGGAAAACUCGUUUUGCACCAAGAAGAAGAUGCUUGUCGGUUUGGAUGUAAUAUGUCUAUUUAUCGCUUCCAUACCAUUUUUUGCGUGUGAACUGAAAGCAGUGACUCCAUACAAGCGAGGUUUUUUCUGCGGAGAUUCCAGCAUCACGUAUCCCUUCAUAGAAAGAGAAGCCAUCCCCGACACCCUGCUCAUCGCCGGGGGAAUAGCCAUUACUGGCAUAACAAUUGCAUUGGGGGAAUGCUAUCGGGUACGAUUUCGACGUGUAUACACACGGGCUUUUGUUCAAAACCGAUAUGUGUCAUGCCUGUACAAGGAACUGGGAAGCUUCCUGUUUGGCUGUUGUGUGGGUCAGUCUCUCACUAACAUGGCCAAGUUAAGCGUGGGUCGCCUGCGACCCAACUUCCUCUCUGUCUGUAACAUCACCUAUGAAUCCAUUAACUGCACUCCUGGCAGCUACAUAUCCCAGAUCACCUGCAGACAACCUAACCAGAAGAUGGUGGAAGAAGCAAGGAAGUCCUUUUUUUCUGGCCAUGCUUCUUUUGCAAUGUACACCAUGCUCUAUCUGGCAUUCUACCUGCAGGCACGGUUGUCGUGGCGAGGAGCUCGGCUUGUUCGCCCACUAGUGCAGUUCCUCCUAGUGAUGCUCGCCAUCUACACCGGUCUGAGCCGCAUCUCUGACUACCGCCAUCACCCCACUGACGUCCUCACUGGCUUCAUCCAAGGGGGGCUCACUGCAUACUGGGUGGCUUUUCACAUCUCCUCCAUGUUUAAGCCCUGCACCCAUCCAGACCUGUCUCCUACAAGCAUAUCCCUGGAGAGUCCACUGUCCAGCCAGCAGACUGUUUGCUAGCAGGUGUGAACAAUCAUUUCAGGAAUCAGAAGAUACGAACAUGGACUGCAACUCAGAUAAUAAAGAGAGAAACAUUUGUUUAUAAGAAAGGGAAUGAUUCUAAAAGAAGAAUAUGACAAAAAAGUACAAUCUAAUGCAUGCCCACACAUUCAGGCAUUCUGAUACUUAUGCACACACAUGGUCCAUUCAUCUAACAUAUUCACACACUCACAUGUGAAUUACAUGCACAUUUGACGGUAUGUUACAUCCGUCCAGUGAAAGAACUACAUAUUGACGUUACAGGUAUACAUAUAUAUAUAUAUAUAUAUAUAUAUACACACACAAAAAGCUUGAGGGUCUUAUGCAGUAUCUUAGCUGUUCCUAGGACUGCACUCUUCUGGAUGGCGAUGUCUGAUGUUUCUCCAGGUAUACGUUGGAGCCACUUCUCUAGUGUGGGGGACAUGGCCCCCAGUGCUCCAAUAAUGACCACUGGUACUUUUUAUAUAUAUAUAUAUAUAUAUAUAUAUAUAUAUAUAUAUAUAUAUGUAUAUAUGCGUGUGUGUGAAAAAAAAUCAAGAGGACUUUUAGAAGCUGCUAAUGUUGAAAGUUUCCCGUACAUCCCCCCUUGAGUGGAGGCCUUCACCUUUCAAAGCAUAGCUGAUCACUCUUCAGUCUUGUAUGAAAGAUGAGAAAAUGCCAGCCACUUCUUUCUUUUUGAUCCCCUGAUCGACUUGGAAAACAUCAACCAGCAGCUGUGAACUGAGACCCUAAGACCUCAGAUAUACAGACGGCUCUGCACAAAUUGAGAAGCACUGGCUGUAACUUCUAACCACCUUUACCUCCAGUGCCCUGUUGUGCCACUGCUCUAAUCAGAUUGCCCUACAUCACUAAACUAAAACCUGUGUUUAAACAAAGAACAGUAUUUGUGCUGUAAUACAAUGCUGUUAUUCUCUGCAGAAUAACUGAGGCAGUGAGUGGAAGGACUCAAACCUGGUAACCAUCCUUCGUAUUCACUACCAUUUUUCUGUACUAACCACUUUGACUGUGUCUCAGAGGUGGAGGUUUGACUGAAUUUAUGUAACCCUUGACUUCUGCCCCUGGACUCCAAUCUCUGAGCUGCACCUUGAUUUAUGCCACUCAGACAGGAGAUGCAUGGCUGUGACCCAGCUGUCCUCCUGUGCAUCAUAAUUAAUAGCACUUGAACAUAUAGUUAAUGGAACCUUCUAACUAUAAUCAAUAUUAUAUAUGUGAGUUAAAAUAAUCAGUGUUUAUUUUGUUAAUGUCAGACUCAUACACUAUAUUUUCUUUCUUUCUUUUUUUAAUGAUAAUUAUUCAAACUGAAUGUAAAUAGAUAUGUCAUUUUUUAAAUCACACAGAAUAUCAAAAGUAUUAGUUCCAAGCCUUGGACAGUUUUUACGUGUUUGUGAAAGUGUAUUUCCAGGUACAGAGAGUUGCUCUUGUGCAUGUUGUAACUACUAGACUGAGCCACAGAUAUUAUAAGAAAGCUAUAUUUUUGUGUUCCCAGUUAUUAUUUGUUUAUCAUGUCUGUGAAUGCCGCAACGGCAGAAAUAACCACUGUACUCAAAAACCAAACCAUUAAAGUGAAUGUUGAAUGUUUUGAA